AUGGAGAAAAUGGCCAGACCGGUUCCUUUAAACUCAUCUUUUCAACCUCCAACUAAUGGCGUACUGAAAUCCCUGUUGGAGAAUCCAAUGAAGCUGCCGUUUCAUCAUGAAGAAGGUAAACAAAACGCAGACAUCAAAACAUUUGUUGCGCGGUAGUUUACUGUCUUUUUUGAGACGAUUUUUUGGUCCGUCUCGCUUUCAAUCUUGAUCUGUCAGUGUUGUAGCGCGUGAGCAAGCGAGAUACAAUGCAGAAAAAACAACGUCUCCGCUGGCUACAAUAUUUCAGUAGCCCGGUGUUUUCCACCUUUUUUUUUUUAUAUAGCGGUUACUAAGAAUUGGUGUUUAAUCAAGUGUAAAUUAAAGGGGAAAUCUGGAGUUGCUACAUCCAUUUUUGGACUUAUAAAUUAAAAUGUAACCAUUGAUUCUUGAAGAAUAUAGCUUAUAAAUGUGCUCAUGAGCUUAGUUCAACUGUCAUACCCCAUCAGAACCUAAAAUAUAAGUUUGUUUUACUCCAACGUUUGUAAACAAAGAAAAGGUAAACAAACACAAUAUAGCCUCAAAGCAUGGUUAAAACAACAAUUUUGAUAUCAUGGAUGGUCAGUCCUUGUAUCCAUAACUCUGUCUAUGAAUUUGAGAGUGGUUACAUUUCUCUAGCCCCAUCCCUCAGCUUUUUACCGAACCAGGGUCGGGAUUCGCUUUGUUAUUGUUUGUACUGCUGAUUGCCGCUUUAAGUCUAAUGUAUUAUUACUACUACAUCUAGCCAGUUCUGGAAGGAGUAUGAUACAUCAUGGUUGCAAUUUGUGUAGUUAAAUGUCAAAAUACAUUCCUGGUCUGACAGCUCCAGCCUUAUAAGGAUACAGUGUAGCAGCUAUCGCUUUAAUUAACGUGACUUGCGACAGAAAACGUCCCACUGUAAAUGUUUGUCAUACAGUACUUAUUAUUAUUUAGAAUGCUAUUUUUCGUACACCGUUUAAGCUAGAAACGUAAUUCAAACUUUUAAGAAGUGCAGAGUGGUCAGGACCAGUGUGCUUGUGUACAACUUUUUGAUAUUUUUUACACUUUAUAAACUAUUAAGCUUUUUGCCCUUCUUUUUGUCCUCCAUCCACUUUAAAGGGAUUUCCUUUAAAGGGAUUUAAACAUUCUAAAGGUCCCAUUGUGACAUCAUUACAUCCAACAUUCUAUGCACUGUGAACAAUGAAAUCAGCUACUUUGACACUUUCCCAACAAGUUAGACAAAAAGUUAGUGCAUAUGGAAUCUUCCUCUACUUCUCUGCUAUUGAAAUCUGAAAUCGUAACAAAAAUAUAUUCUAACGAUAAAACCGUACAGCUGUUUUAGUAACCGCAUCAACUGCAUUUUCUGUCAAUUUUUUAAACAGCUGACAUUUUGCCCACUUUCCCAGCACUUUAGACAAAAACUUAGGGGGUAUGACUUCUUGGUCUACUUCUCUGCUAUUCAAAUUAGUGUUUCACUGUAUACCGAAACUUCAGUACUUUCUGUAGCCCAAUGAAAUCAGCCAAAACAAGGUCAAUAACUCAUGCGCACACUCCUACUGAAUAUGCAUUCACCUGUAUUGUAAAUAGGCCUAGGCUACAUCUUGAUUUACCCAGUUUAUCAAUAGACUAGAGAUUUACCAUUCAGAAAAAUGAUGACCAUUAUGUUGUUAUGUAGUUAGAUUGGUAAAAAAAAAAUAAAAAAAAAUUUGAUUGUUUAAUUGAUGAAUGCAUACAUUCAAACAUUUCAAAUGUAAUGAUAAUGAACUCAAAAGAUCCAUCUGGAUCAAGUACCAUUCUGUGACUUUGGCUAAUACGCCUUCUUUUUUUCCAUUGGUAUCAUUUUGGUAUCGAGUAUUGUGAUACUAAACCUGGUAUCGAAGUCAAAACUCUGGUGUCGUGACAACACAUUCAAAUCUGAAAUCAGAACAGAAUGAUUUUCUGUUGAUCAAAAGUGACAGCUGUUUUAGUAAUGGUAUCAACUGCAUUCAUUAAGCUAACUUCCCACUGUUGAAUUGUCAUAUAACUUUCAGAAAUGUCAAAUUAUAGCACUGGGUGAGCACAUUUCUAGCAUGAGACAAUGAGUAAACAUUUAGACUUUUGACACAAAUCACCUACUUUGACCACUUUCCCCCAAAACUUAGAGGAUAUGCCAUCUUGGUCUACUUCUCUGCUAUUCAAAUCAGAACAUAAAUAUCUUCUACCAAUCAAACAACUUUUAAAAACAACUGGAAUUUUGACCACUUUCCCAACAACUUAGACAAAAAUCUGAACACUACUACAAAAAUACUUUUAAAGAGCUAAAGCAAGUCCCACAAUUUUACUUCAUGUAAAAUUACCAUGUACUACUGUUGGAAGUUUGCAAUCUACUGUAAAUACACCAUAGUUAGUAUUCCGAAGAGUAGCCAGUCUAGAUACAUUUAGAUUGACGUAUUUGUCAACAACUUGAUAGGAAUAUAUAGAUAGCCUAAUGCUUUUGCUAUUGAAGUUGAUGGGGUGUUUACUGUAGUUUGGUUAUGUAUCUAUUUGCAUAAAGUAUAUAAACAUUCAAAUACACCUCAAGUAGACCUACAGUGGCUUGCGAAAGUAUUCACCCCCCUUGGCAUUUUUCCUAUUUUGUUGCUUUACAACCUGGAAUUAAAAUGGAUUUUUUUGAGGUUUGUAUCAUUUGAUUUACACAACAUGCCUACCACUUAGAAGAUGCAAAAUAUGUUUUAUUGUGAAACAAACAAGAAAUAAGACAAAAAACAGAACUUGAGCGUGCAUAUCUAUUCACCCCCCCCCCAAAGUCAAUACUUUGUAGAGCCACCUUUUUGCAGCAAUUACAGCUGCAAGUCUCUUGGGGUAUGUCUCUAUAAGCUUGGCACAUCUAGCCACUGGGAUAUUUGCCCAUUCUUCAAGGCAAAACUGCUCCAGUUCCUUCAAGUUGGAUGGGUUCCGCUGGUGUACAGCAAUCUUUUAAGUCAUACCACAGAUUCUCAAUUGGAUUGAGGGCUAAGACAUUUAAAUGUUUCCCCUUACACCACUCGAGUGUUGCUUUAGCAGUAUGCUUAGGGUCAUUGUCCUGCUGGAAGGUGAACCUCCGUCCCAGUCUUAAAUCUCUGGAAAACUGAAACAGGUUUCCCUCAAGAAUUUCCCUGUAUUUAGCGCCAUCCAUCAUUCCUUCAAUUCUGACCAGUUUCCCAGUCCCUGCCGAUGAAAAACAUCCCCACAGCAUGAUGCUGCCACCACCAUGCUUUUUGGUGUUCUCUGGGUGAUGAGAGGUGUUGGGUUUGCGCCAGACAUUUUCCUUGAUGGCCAAAAAGCUCAAUUUUAGUCUCAUGUGACCAGAGUACCUUCUUCCAUAUGUUUGGGGAGUCUCCCACAUGCCUUUCGGUGAACACCAAACGUGUUUGCUUAUUUUUUUCUUUAAGCAAUGGCUUCUUUCUGGCCACUCUUCCGUAAAGCCCAGCUCUGUGGAGUGUACGGCUUAAAGUGGUCCUAUGGACAGAUACUCCAAUCUCCACUGUGGAGCUUUGCAGCUCCUUCAGGGUUAUCUUUUGUCUCUUUGUUGCCUCUCUGAUUAAUGCCCUCCUUGCCUGGUCCGCGAGUUUUGGUGGACAGCCCUCUCUUGGCAGUUUUGUUGUGGUGCCAUAUUCUUUCCAUUUUUGAAUAAUGGAUUUAAUGGUGCUCCGUGGGAUGUUCAAAGUUUCAGAUAUUUUUUUAUAACCCAACCCUGAGCUGUACUUCUCCAAAACCUUGUCCCUGACCUGUUUGGAGAGCUCCUUGGUCUUCAUGGUGCCGCUUGCUUGGUGGUGCCGCUUGCUUAGUGGUGUUGCAGACUCUGGGGCCUUUCAGAACAGGUGUGUGUAUAUAUAUAUACUGAGAUCAUGUGACACUUACAUUGCACACAGGUGGACUUUAUUUAACUAAUUAUGUGACUUCUGAAGGUAAUUGGUUGCACCAGAUCUUAUUUAGGGGUUUCAUAGCAAAGGGGGUGAAUAAAUAUGCACGCAGUUAUUUUUUUUCAUUUCACUUCACCAAUUUGGACUAUUUUGUGUAUGUCCAUUACAUGAAAUCCAAAUAAAAAUCCAUUUAAAUUAAUGCAACAAAAUAGGAAAAACGCCAAGGGGGAUUUAUACUUGUGCAAGGCACUUAAUCAACAAUCAGGGGCUGUAGAUAUUGUGUAUAUAUACAUUUAAAACCUUGGCCUUUUAUUGGCUUAGCCAUUUUGACAUUGAAAAGGCAUUGUUUGGCUGUUUUGGUCUAACAGUGAUACAUUAUGACUCUCUCCAAAUAUUUGCAGGUUUGGGAAAAGAGAAGAAGGAGAAAGAUAAAAAGUUGGAUGAUGAAGGCGGGGCCAAUACUCCACAGUCGGCCUUCCUGGGGCCAACCCUGUGGGACAAGACCUUGCCAUAUGAUGGGGACAACUUUCAGCUGGAGUACAUGGACCUGGAAGAGUUUCUGUCAGAGAAUGGCAUCCCUGCAAACUCAGCUCAGAAUAACCAAAACCAGCCACAGCAGCCCCGGCAGCCCACUAUCCAGCAGGUUCCCCCUGCACCCCCCACACCCUCUGUGGUCGACCUCAGCAGCCACACCACUACCGCCGUUCAUACAGCCUUGGUCUCCCAGAACUGUAUCCAGAGCCCCCCAGCCAGAGCA